AUCACCACCACACUCGCCGUCACCAUCCUCACCCCUCACAACACCACGCGCCGCUCCUUGGCCCAUUCGUCCUCUUCGUCUGGUCUUGCCAUACCUGGUUCUCGUCAGCAAGCAUCGAAAGCAGGCAGAAAGGCGCAUCGCAUCAUCUCCUACACAGCAUAUAGCCUCCCUUUUGGGGCGACGUCGUCAAGAUGACGUCCCUCUUCACCCGCUCACAGCAAGUCGCCGCCCUCGACCCUCGUCUGGGCGGUCUGAUGGCCUCUCUGGGUCUAUCCAACCUCCGUGCACUCAUAAAGGCUAUUCGAGCGUGCAAGACCUACGCCGAAGAAAGGGCCCUGAUCCAAAAAGAGUCGGCAGCGAUCAGGACGUCCUUCAAGGACGAAGAUCCUCUGCUGAGACACAACAACAUUGCCAAGCUCCUCUAUAUCCACAUGCUUGGCUAUCCAGCUCAUUUUGGACAGAUCGAAUGUUUAAAGCUUGUAGCCACGCCCAGAUUCACAGACAAGCGUCUCGGCUAUUUGGGAGUGAUGCUCCUCUUGGACGAAAACACCAAUGUGCUCAUGCUCGUCACCAAUGGACUCAAGAAUGACAUGAACCACUCAAACAUGUACGUCGUUGGAUUGGCGCUGGCUACAUUCGGUAACAUCGCCUCCGAAGAGAUGUCGCGAGAUCUGAGCAACGAGAUCGAGAGGCUCAUGGGAUCUAGCAACACGUACAUCAGGCGGAAGGCGGCAAUCUGCGCAAUGAGGAUCGUGAAAAAGGUGCCGGACCUGCUGGAGAACUUUACGUCCAAGGCAAGGUCUCUGCUCAACGAUAAGAAUCAUGGUGUGCUCCUUUGUGCAGUCACGCUUGCUAUUCAGAUAUGUCAGGACGAAGAGGCAAAGGAAGAGUUCAGAAGCACCGUUCCCCUCUUGGUUAGACAGCUCAAGUCGCUCGUCUCUACUGGCUACUCCCCCGAGCACGACGUCUCUGGCAUCACAGAUCCCUUUUUGCAGGUCAAGAUUCUCCGCUUGCUACGGAUACUGGGCAAGGGCAACGCGGCCGCUUCUGAGGCCAUGAAUGACAUUCUCGCCCAAGUAGCCACCAACACCGAGGCAUCCAAGAACGUUGGUAAUGCCAUUCUGUACGAGACUGUCUUGACCGUACUGGAGAUCGAGGCGGAGAGCGGAUUAAGGGUGAUGGCCAUCAACAUUCUGGGCAAAUUCCUCAGCAAUCGGGACAACAACAUCAGGUAUGUGGCCCUGAAUACUCUGAACAAGGUCGUUGCCAUGGACACAAAUGCCGUGCAGAGGCAUCGCAACAUCAUCCUUGACUGUCUUCGAGACGGCGACAUUUCGAUCAGGCGGAGAUCAUUAGAGCUUACUUAUGCUCUCAUCAACGAAGCCAACGUUCGGGUACUCACGAGAGAGCUUCUCGCCUUCCUGGAGGUGUCGGACAAUGAGUUCAAGCUCGGUCUCACUACGCAGAUUUCAUUGGCGGCAGAGAAGUUCGCACCGAACCGUAGGUGGCAUAUUGACACCGUGCUUAGGGUCCUGAAGCUCGCAGGAAACUAUGUAAGAGAGGAGAUUUUGUCUGCUUUCCUUCGCCUCAUCUGCCACACCCCCGAGCUGCAAGCUUACACAGUUCAACGACUGUACUCUGCUCUUCACGAGGACUUCAGUCAAGAAGGUCUGACCAUGGGAGCAGUGUGGACAAUUGGAGAGUUUGGAGAGCUUCUGACACAGGGAGCAAGUCUGGAAGACGAAGAGCUCGUGAGAGACCUCAAGCCCAGCAAUGUCGUCGACCUCAUCACAUCGCUGCUCGACUCUCCCUACGCCAACUCGCAGACAAGGCAGUGGGUCCUCACAGCGCUCGCAAAGCUAGCUGUUCGAUACUCUUAUGAUGGAUCACAAGUGACGAAGAUCCACCAGAUCUUGACGCGCUAUGAGACGUCGGUGGACAUGGAGCUGCAGCAGCGAUCAGUCGAGUUUGAAGCUCUACUGAAGCGGCAAGACAUCAGAGAGGGCGUCUUGGAAGCAAUGCCUCCUCCUGAGAUCAAGACUACAAUGGUGGGCACGGUCAGUGAGAAGAGGGCAGUAGGCAGUACAAGAACAGACAAGGAUGCUCUGCUAGACUUGAUGGGAGAUGAGAUGCCUGCUGGUAACAAUGGCAAUGCCGUCGGAAGCGCCAGCAACGGCUCGAGAGCAGGGGGAGCACCGCAGAGCACGCAAGACCUACUGGCGGACAUCUUCGGUGGCGGUGAUUCAAGCGGAAUGGCGGCAGCAGCAACGUCGUCCGGACCGAGCGGUACUGGUGCAGCUGGGGCUUCUAGCAAAGCCUCCGUGAAUGAUAUUCUGGGACUGUUUGGCAACACAAGCAGCAGCAGUAGCAGUACCGCAGGGCCUUCUUCCGCCAGUAACGGUCUGGCAGGGCUCGAUGGUCUCGGAAGCCCGACUGGCGCUGCCAACAACUCGGACUCGCUCGCUGGACUGGACAUCUUCGGCGGCGGCAGUGCGGCUGCAUCUACGCCUACGUCAGCGCCAGCACCAGCGCCGGCCAAGCCUACGCCCUCUCCUGCUUCGACGAGUUACACGGCCUACGAUGCCAAAGGUCUGAAAAUCACAUUCACGCCCAAGGUCAGCCCCGCUAGACCAGACGUGGUGAACAUCUUGGCCGAAUUCACCAGCUCAACGGAUGUGGAGGGCGUGACACUGCAGGCUGCUGUGCCCAAGUCACAAAAACUCCAAAUGCUCGCCGCAUCCAACAGUACGGUCCUACCAGGCAAGACGGAGACGCAGCAAAUGCGCGUAAUGGCUCCUUCAGGCACACAGAUUCGUCUACGACUUCGUAUUGGGUUUACAGUUGCGGGAGCACAGGUGCAGGAACAGGUGGAUUUUGCGGGAUUUCCUGCGGGAAUGCACUGAGGUGUUAGUGGAAGGUUGGUAGAUUGUGAAAGGGGGGAGAGAGAGAGGGAG